AAUCUCCGCCGUCCAUUCUCAUCAACGCCUUCAGAUUACCAUCGUCCAUUUCCCCUUCUCAGCGUCUCAUUAUUUGACCCCUGAUUGACAAAAACAAAUAUCUCUCUCUCUCUCGUGUUUUUCUCACUUCUUGUCGGAAAGGAAACUCUCUCUCCUCAAUCUCACCGCCGGCGUUGCUUCGGAUCGCCGGUGAUUUUGUUUGAGCUGCUAUCGAUUGUUGAUUUCAACACUUUACCGGAGAUAAAGAGUUUGACUUUUUGUUCUUAGAUUUAGUUUUUGUUUCAACGUUUCGAUGGCUAUAAGAUUAGGUUGGGGAGAUAAAAAGAGUAACUUUUGGUUUGUUGUUGUGAAAUGAAGUGACUUUGAAUAGACAAAUUAGGCGACUUUGUAGGGACACUGUACCGAAACCCUAAGUUCUGGUUUGGCCAUGGAAGUAUCAUAGCACUUUCUCUUGUCUGGGUUUUAUUUGUCUUAAUCUUUUGUAUAACCCUCUUUUUUUUUAAUUUUUAGUGGAAAAUUAGUUUCUUUGAUUAGAUAUUUUUGUGGGUUUUGUGGGGUUUUGUCUGUAAAUCUGAUCAUGGAUUUGAACGGAGAGUGUAAGGGAGGAGGAGGAGAUGGGUUUAUUGACAGAAGCAGAGUUAGGAUUUUGCUUUGUGACAAUGAUCCCAAUAGCUUGGGAGAGGUUUUCACCCUCCUUUCACAGUGUUCUUAUCAAGUGACGUCAGUCAAAUCAGCAAGGCAGGUGAUUGAUGCACUGAAUGCAGAGGGGCCUGACAUCGAUAUAAUACUGGCGGAGAUUGAUCUCCCAAUGGCCAAGGGUAUGAAGAUGCUAAGGUACAUCACACGUGACAAAGAUCUUCGGAGAAUCCCUGUCAUCAUGAUGUCGAGGCAAGACGAGGUCCCUGUGGUGGUAAAGUGCUUGAAGCUAGGUGCAGCUGACUACCUUGUGAAGCCUCUUCGGACCAACGAGCUUCUCAACUUGUGGACACACAUGUGGAGAAGAAGACGCAUGCUAGGACUUGCUGAGAAGAACAUGUUGAGCUAUGAGUUCGAUCUCGUGGGAUCUGACCCAAGUGAUCCAAAUACAAACAGCACCAACCUCUUCUCUGAUGACACAGAUGAGAGAAGUAUUAGGUCCACCAAUCCGCAGAGAGGAAGUCAUCAGGAAAAGGAGUGGCCUGUUCCUACUGGUUCCGUUUGUGCUGGCGAUGGUGCUGCUAAUGGCACAGCCACGUCAACUCCUCCCGUUGCUGUUAUAGAGCCCCCACUGAACCAUCUUCCUGAGCCUCACCAUGAGACUACCAAAAGAAAUACUAAUCCAGCGCAAUUUUCUUCAGUACCAAAGAAGAGUAGAUUGAAGAUUGGAGAGUCCUCCGCUUUCUUCACAUAUGUCAAGUCUACUGUCAAUGGAAAUGGCUCAGUUCAUCCAGGUAUGGCUGAGAAGCUUCAAGCGGUGGCAAGUGAGGUGAUCAACAACGCCAAACAAACACGAGGAGGUAGAGAGACUGAGAAAAACAAAGCUCAAGGAGAGAACUUUGUGAACGGCACGCUUGAGCGGUCACGCACGCUUCCAACACCAAUGGAACUUCAUGGCAGUAGGAGUUACCAAGAAGUUCCAAAUUCUAUUGAGCGGUCACGCACGCUUCCACCACCAAUGGAACUUCACGGUACUAGGAGUUGUUACCAAGAAGGAUCUAUGGAUGAUGCCCGGGUUGCUGCUGCUAAGGAUUCAUCUCAGUUCCCUGCGCAAAAUGCAUAUCCUUACUAUAUGCAUGGUGUCAUGAACCAAGUUAUGAUGCAAUCAGCAGCCAUGAUGCCUCAGUAUGGUCAUCAUCAACAUCCUCAUUGCCCACCUAAUCAUCUGAAUGGAAUGACAGGGUUUCCUUAUUACCACCACCACCCUAUGAACACAUCGUUACAGAACGGUCAUGUGCCUUUACAGAAUGGUCAGAUGCCUCCUAUGGUUCAUCAUCAUCAUUCUUGGCCACAGGUGGGAAACCACCCGUCUCCUAACGAGGUGAGAGUGACUAAGCUUGACAGAAGAGAGGAAGCGUUGCUUAAAUUUAGACGUAAGAGGAACCAAAGGUGUUUUGAUAAGAAGAUUAGGUAUGUGAAUAGGAAGAAGCUUGCUGAGAGGAGGCCACGUGUUAAGGGUCAGUUUGUUAGGAAGAUGAACGGCGUAAAUGUUGACUUGAACGGGCAGCCUGAACCUGACUCUGCUGACUAUGAUGACGAGGAAGAGGAGGAUGAAGAAGAAGAGGAGAAUCGGGACUCGUCUCCUCAGGAUGAUGCUCUUGGGACUUGAGAAACAUGGGAGAACUGAAAACCUUGUUUGGUUUUAUGAUGAGAAACUUUGCUUGAUGAUGAUGAUCUAUUGACACGGAAGGAAUGAUGCUGCUGCUCAUGUUGGCUUAGCAGAGCAUUGAAAAUCACUAUGUAGGUGUGGCUUAGCUCGUUGAUAAAACAUAAGAUGUGUUUGAUCUUGUUCACUCACUUUCAGUGAGUUAUGUAUAAACCUUUCUUCUCCUUCCAGCAUUUUCCUUGGAUUUUAUUUUUCCUUUUGUUCCCUCGUCUGUUUAAACAUGUAUGACCACUCCAUGGAAAGGUAUAAAGAGACAUGUGUUCCAUAA